AACAAAUGUAUACAACAAAACAACAAUAAUUCCUUAACAAUGGGUGACUGCAGUUCAAACUUUUCAAUAACCUGGACUUGUAAAGGCAGAACUCUAAAAACUGGAGACUGGUAUCUAUCUUGGAAUAUUCAGGCUGAUGAGAUCCAAGUCACGAAAAUAGUGACAGGUCGUGAAGCAUUGUGGGUACUCCUUGAUACAGAUAACAGUGUCUGUGAUUGGCCAGCUCCACCAACUUCUACCACCCCGCCAUUUGUUCAACCAACACCACCACCCAGAGAAAGACAUUCAGGUAAAUUCUACAUCUGUAGAAAUAUGGUGCUACAUAAUCAUCUAAUAUACUUCUUUUUUUUCUCAUUGCCACUUACUUAUGACAUAUUUUUGGAUAACUACAUCCCUUGUUACCACUCGCACACGGCAAGAAAGCAUGCACAGGUGGAAGAUGGGGACAGCGUUACUUUUUGCCGCUAAGUUAAGCUGUGGGUUAAGCGUAGGAUUACAUAGGAUUACUUAAAAUGCUUAGUGUACAGAUUUGAUGUGGUUGGAACCGUUUCUUAAUGUAUAAAGUUGGCUCAGAUUCUCUCAAGAUUUUUAUCCAAGUACUGCGGUUAUCCUGAAGGUAUUUUCUCCUAGUUUUCUGCUUUUCUCCAGUAAAAGUCUUGGGGAAAAAAUUGUUUUCCUCCCUGUUAACCCUUUGACUGUUUGACAUGACCACGUUGGAUGCAUCUGUUGCAAUUCAGCAUUCAGCCUGGAAUGUCGAAAUGUAGGGUCGUUUUACAUUAUGUAGUUUGUGUAGGUCGUUUUGAGUAGUUUGUUCAAGGCUUACACUAAUUUACUUAAUAAAUUAUUUACUUAAGCGAGCAAAAACAUGUCUGAUAUGAUACGAGGUUGCUUCAACUAAUUAACAUGCAUACUCCAAAUGAUCAAGUAUUUUUUUUCUCUAAUUCAGAGCAGUUAUGGCCUCAGGGUUUUUAUACUUUGCCAAAAGCAGCAAGUGGUUGUCCUGGUUCUACAAACUUCACAUGGAAACAAGGCUGGAUAUUUCAAGAUCUAGAUGACACAGAUGUGAUCUUGACUAAAACUUCAAGAUCUUUCAACAUGGCGGCCAAGAUUGAUGACUGGGGCAAUAUCAAGAGAUGGUUCUGUACUAAAAAUGACGCCACACACAAUGAAGAAAUGAUAAGACCAGUAUGGCCAAAAGGUUUGCUGCAGUUAUUUUAGUAUUCCUUUAUCAAUUUUUUUAUCUUUGAUUGUAUUUGUUUCACGAAAACCUUCAAAUUAAAACAAUUAAACAUGGAUGUCCUAAUACAGUUCAAUUGACAAUUGAUGCGUUUCGUGCAACUAUAGUCUGUUCACAAGACAUAAUACAGAUAUCGAAGGGACUAGACUGAGUUCCGAAAUACUACCUGCUCAAACCAACUUGCAUAACCUCGUACCCGUUGGUAGAGCAGUUGGGUUACAACGUUUCAGCUUUACUGUAUAUGUAUAUAUCAUCUUGAAUAACUUCACCUGUCUAUACACCUGCAUUCACAAUCGUUAGAUUCUUGAUUGCAUUAGUCGCAUGUAGUCGGGUUUAUGUGAGAAUAGAUUGCGAAUACAUGGAGGUGGGAAAAGUGUUGAGAUGCCAGGAACAAUGAGAAAAUUUACGUUAAAUAUAAAAUAACAUUGCAUGCGUGCAAGCCUACAUCGACAACAUUUGUGCUUUUCCCCAAUAAUUUCAAUUAUAGAGAUAGAGAAAGAGAUCGAGAUAAUUUAUUUGCCACAGAUAUCAGUUAUAUACAAGUUAUUUUAUGAUAAUAAUAUAGUUAAUUUAAAAUGUCAAUAUGUAUACACCAUAUAGUAGAUAUCGGUGGCAAGGAGGCAUCCGGAAACCAUAGGGCUUGUAAAUAUAGGAUGUCUCCUUGGAGCAGUAGUGACAGAAAAUAUAGAUCAGAAAAAUGAUUAGGUGAGGUCAAGAAAAACGUAAUUAGGCAUCUAGCAAGUAUUUCAAAAUUCUAUUCCUGAAGCAAUUUAUCGUCUGUGCACUUUUGACGGACUCUGGGAGAGAAUUCCACAAUUAGGGUCCUUGAAAUAGGAAGGUGAACUGCUUUACAUUUGUUCUACAUGCAUGAGCUCGGUAUGAACUCGCAUUUCUGGUGUUGUAAUCAUGGAUUUCAUUGUUGGUAAUAAACAGAUUGAGAAAAGAGGGUGGUAAUAGCUGAUUGUGGUAAGAAAACAUGAAUUUACCAAUAUGGAAGGAAUUAAGCUUAUAUAUAUUGAGUAUUUUUAAUUUACUAAAUAGUGGAGCAGUAUGCGCCCGGUAAUUAGAAUUGGUCAGUACUCUGACAAUUCGUUUCUGUAAUAGAAAUACGCGACUUAAAUUGGAAACAUAGGUGGAGGACCAAGUAGUGUUACAAUAGGUAAGGUAUGGGUAGAUUAACGUGUAGUACAAUAUUAAUGACAAUUUAGUACUAGCUAACAAGUAAGAAAGGAGCUCGAUAAAUAAUGCCGAUAGACUUAGAAAUCUUUUUACAGACAUGACUAAUGUGAGGUUUCCAGGUGAGAUUCUCAUCCAGAAAACCCCCCAGAAACUUAACCUUUGGUUUACGAGUAAUACAUUUGUCAUCGAAAGAGAGAGAUAUAUCAUAAGAGACUUUCUUAUGCCUGGAGUGGAAAAUAACAUAGUCUGUUUUUCAAUAUUAACAGAGAGUUUAUUUGCUCUCAUCCAAGAACCGAUGCUUUGUAAUGCUUCGUUUAACACUGCAGCUAGUACCACAGGGUCAGAGUGAGAGUAACAGAUGCUGGUAUCAUCCGCAAAUAGCAAAGGUUCAACUAUACGGGAGGCAUUCGGAAGGUCAUUUGUAUAUAAAAUAAAAAGGAGAGGUCCUAAAAUUGAACCUUGGGGCACACCACAUUGGGUAAUUAACUGACUAGAAGUAAUGUUGUUGUACUGAACAAAUUGUUUACGGUUGUGAAAAUAACUUUUGAUUCAAUUUAGCGCGACUCCGCGUAUGUCAUAGUUUUCGAGCUAUACUCCUUAAUUGCUAACUGUAAAGGUUGGUUUACACCUCAAUGGAUUACACCGAUCAAAGUUUCUGUGAUCACGGUAGAAAUUUCGCAUAGGUAAAUUCUAAGUUUGAAAUUAUUUGUAAGAAGUAUUUGAGGGAAAUUACUCAUUUCAUUGAAAUUUCAUGGUGUAAAUUAGGGUAGAAAUCUAGGGUUCGACAAAGUCACACGUCCAUGUUUUGACCAUUGACGGCUAUUUAGCACGUGUAUAAUCGAAUUUUUCAGUACGUGGCGAUCCCAUAUGGUUAAGACUUUAAUUAAGGUAAGCGAAACUAUAGUAGUAUUAAUUAUGCAUUUAUUUUAUCCGUUUCAACUUUCAGGGACUUACUGCAUCUAUUCUGCUGCAAUCUCCCCUUUUAAAUGUCCAAAGAGUGAAGGAAGAUUGUUCUUCGGAUAUGGAUACUGGGAUAACCAAUACUGGUUGAAUGACAGUGAGAUGAAGGGAGUGUUACCUGGUGGUAAUUCUGUUCGUGGAGGAAGAACUAGAAUAUAUUUCUGUUGCCAAGGAAGCCAGGAUCCUAACAUCCCAAUGUCAUUACCAAUUGAUCAACCAUUCUACCUGCUGGCUUUUAAAUCUUCAGUUUGUCAGAAAGUGGAGUGGGCAGCAGUUAGUCCAGAAUUCGUUCUUUAUGAUACAUCAGAUUACAGAAAUAAAGAUGAAUUCACACUUUUCUCGCCAUUCAACGCCACAAAACAUGAUCCAAAGAUACAUUACUGUUAUUAUGAAGGUUUGUUUGCAUUAGUGAACUCUAUUUUAUUUUCCAAAACUAAAUUAUUGAACUAUUACUCCUUAAUUUAAAUGAAACUAAACGUCUAACUUUAUUUAUAUCGUAUCGGACUAUCAGUUUUAAACUGCUCUGCCUAGAAGUCCCGUACGUUAUCAGUGGCGUAGCCAGAACGAUAAUUAGGGGGGGGGGGGCAUAUUCAUAUAUUCAUGUUCACAUACCAUAAAAACAAUUGAUUUCAAAAGAAAUUAAUAAAGCAGAACACGCAUAUAUGAAUAUAUGCCCCCCCCCCAAUUAUCGUUCUGGCUACGCCACUGUUAACGUUACAACGGACAUAUGAGGAGACUGAGGGAUCCACAUCAAGUAUUUGUAGUGUCAAUUUGUGGGAGAACGUUUCUUACAUGCGACUGAAUGGUUUGGACAUUCAAUUUUUCAGCAAGUGAUUGGAAGUAUUCGAUUUCAUUUGGACUGUCUAGUAUUUGGAGAGGUAAAGUGCUGAGGGCAACAAGCGCUACAUGUUAAUGUCGUUGUUUAUAAUUCUGCAUUUCAGGUUGCAACCACACAUUAACUUACGAUAAUGAAACAGAAGUUGAAAUAAACUUUCCAAAAUUGCAAUAUCUUGACAUAACCAGUCAAUCCUGUUCCUGGAGGAUUAACUAUCCACCUGACUACACUAUUUCACUCAAUAUCAUAUCACUGGAUAUACCAUCUAACACGGCUGAUCACUGCAGUACUCAGUUCCUGGAAAUAUCUGGUAUAGAAGGAAAUGUAUCAAUUAUCAAGUUAUGUGGCAAUUAUCAGCAAUAUAAACUUCGUUCUCAGUCUAACUUGGUGUCGAUAGUCCUCAAGCUUGCCAAUAACGUCACAAAAACCACAGGAUUUCGUCUCAAUGUUAAAGGCGUCUUAAAUAGAGGUAAUUUACAGCUUGAAAGCGUUUUAGCGACUUUCGUGUCUAUUUCUCAUGCAUCGCCGUAUCUUAUAGCGUAUCUACAGCUGAAUAGUUUCGCAAUUUCGCGUUAACCAAGACAGUAUUCUUGAUUAACGCGACCAGACCGGUCAAUCCAUGAAAUUUUAAGACUUAAGCUUAAUGAAUUACUGACUUAUGGGGCUUGAGCAAUGCUGUAAAACUAAAUUUACCAGAGGGGGGCUCUCUUGACGAGCGUGAAGCUGUGAAAUCGUAAAUAAACCGUGACGUCAUACAAUGACCAGGGACCGCGGCGGGGGUUAGGAAACGCCGAAGGCGUGAGCCUUCUGGGGGAGGGGUUCCGGGAAAUUUUGAAAUCUGAGACGUUUCAGAGCCCCGGGAAUGCAAUAAAACCUGCUAGUUUCUCUUAAAAAGUUUCUUGAACGACUCUUAAGCAAGCCAUUAUAUACGGGUAAAAUUUAUUCGCUUAGUACAUUUUCCUUGAAUAGAUUUUUUUCUUCGAAAUUUAAUGCCUUAUUUAAGCGUAAUUUAAAUUGCAUUUUCCAUACUUAUCGUCCUUACCUUUCUUAGAAAUGUUUUUUUCUGGAAAGUGCGAGCCCACUAAUACAUAACAAGAAAAUAAUAAAUGGUCUGUUUUAAAUGGACACAAACACCUGUCCAGCGUACUAAUGAAGACUGAACUAAUCUACAUAAUUAUGUGCAAGGAAUAACUUAACGUAUUUUAAAAGUCUAUGAUAGUCUAUCAUUCAAAUGUCUGACUAAUUCUGCUGGAGUUUUUUAAGUCAAAACUAAAUAUUUUUGUUAAGAUUGUAACAGAGAUCCUGGUCCGUAAAUGAACCAAAGUUACGUUUUCUCUUGUCGUUCUUGGACAUGAGUACAUUCGCUAUUUAGUAUCGCCAGAUGACUGAAUCUCCUCUGUGACAUAAUAAGUUCUCGAUUUUCUAAAUAGAAGGGGGGCUCACCCCGCCAGAGCUUGAAGAAGAGGGGCUCCGCCCCCAAGCGACCCCCACUUCUACAGCACUGGGCUUGAGACUGGUCUGGAUCAAAUCAGGGAUAGGUUAAUUUUGAUCUACCAAAUAAAUGACAAAAUCCUAUUCUGGCUGGUCUCACAAUGUAAAUGGAAGCACGCCUUGAGAGACCGAUAUUCAGUCGACUGGCCGAACUUGCAGGGCAAGGAAAAGAACAAACAGAUCCUUUGUGUUAUACCUCGUAUAUAGGUAAACCAGCAGAUAAUUUGUUCACAUGACGAACUAUAUAUAUCUGCGUGAUUGCAUUUAUUCUGAAAUUGUUCUGAAAUGCUAUAGCCUAGCUUCCACUUAAGGGCCCAGACCCCAUUAUUAAUAGGUCAUCCUGUGUAACUCAUCUAUCCUAACAUUGAGUUUAGAAACACGCACAGAAAUGAAAUUUCCAUCAACUGAGAAAUAUUGGUCGCACAAGAUUUUACAUGUGCCCGUCACUGAAAGCUAUGUUUCUUUACUUAGCAGAAAGUUCAACGUGGACGCCAAAGACCGGUGCUCUCACAACGGUAAGGAUUACAGAAACAACGCAUACCCUGCCAACAAACUCUCACACUACAUACGAAACCAACUCUGAAAAUCCCGCAUCUACAGAAAAAGUUCAAACAGGCACGGCAGCAAAAACAAAGAAUGAAAAAUCUCAAGUACCAACAACAUCAAUUGUUGUGCCCGUUGUGGUGGUUGUGAUUGGCAUCGUGGUGUUGAUUGCCUGGCUUGUUACGAGGAAAAGGUGAAACAAUUAAGAAUUAUUGGAUGAGGCUCAGCAGGAUAUCAGAAUUAUUCAGACCAAGGUCAGCGUUACUCCCGAAGCAAAGCUGAGGCAGAUAAAGACCCUGUUACACGGUGCAAUUUUUCAUGCAACUUGUCUCGCAAUGUUUAAAAAAAGAUUUUGAUAAUGCAUUGCAGCGGCAUUGAUUUUCAUGCAACUCGCAACGAUAGGGGACCAUGCGAAGAGACUAGGGAGAGGCGCUAUUUGUAAAGCAUGUACUGGGGAGAGCCAAUAGGAACUCUCCAAGCUAUAAACAUUGCGAGACAAGUUGCACGAAGCCAUGUUACACGCUGAAAUGCUAGCUAAAAAUAAUUAGUGCAAUCGUUGCCAAAAGUAGAACCGACUUCUACUCUGUGCAAUGCUUCAUGCAACUUGUCUCGCAAAGAUUUUGACCAUUGCAAGGCAUGUUAAACGGUGCAAUGACUCGUGCAACUUGUCUCGCAACGCCAUUGCGAGACAAGUUGCAUGAAAAAUUGCACGCCUUAACGCUGACCGAGGUCUGAAUAUUUCUGAUAUCUUGCGUAAACCGAAUUCAAUAAUUCUUUUAUUAUUCAUUCUGUAAAAAAAACAAUCAAGUUGAAACCAAAACGAGCAGAAGCAGCAGAAGCCAUUGUCAAAACAAAAUAAUUUCACAAAAUUUCCCGCUCUUUUCCAAUUCAUGCAAAAUACCACCAAGGCACCUACAGAUACGAUAUUUAUUUGUCAUGUUCACAUGCAGAUACGAGAUUUAUUUGUCAUGUUCAUGUCUGCACCGAGAUACGGAAAAUUAUCUGUAGGCUUUCAACCAAUAAGAAUACGAGAAAAUAUUACAAUGAAUAAUAAAGUAUUUUUAUUGUUCUCUGAAAGAAAUUCUUAAUAGAAGAUAGCAGCAGAUCCCUUGUAUAAUUAGUGAUUAAAAAAUUUAUUUGUAGUUUUCCAUGGUAAUAAUAUAAGUUUUGCUUUGUGGAAACACCAUGUAUAUCUAUUAUUGCCAAGCUUUCGAUCCGUGAACCCGGAUCUUCAUUAUCAUCAUGAAGAUCCCAGCCGACGGAUUGAAAGCAUAGACAAAUUUAGCGUGCAUGAUUAUACAAUUACUUUAUGGUUUCCGUGUUUGGAUGGCCUGAUCCAAACACGCGGGAAUGUUGCAAGAGUUAAGAAAAGCGAGCGAAAUCACGAGCAGAAGGCGAGUGAUUUUGCGCGCUUUUCUUAACUCGAGCAACAUUCCCAAGUGUUUGGAUCAGUCCAUCCAAACACGGAAACCAUAAAGUAAUUGUUUUAUAAAAUAACAACAACACGGUAGUCUUCCGUGUUUGGAUGGCCUGAUCCAAACACGGCUUUCGACCAAUCAGAAUACGCGUUAUAUACAUGUUAUUUUAUAAAAUUAGAUGCAAAUUGAGCAUUUCAGUCACGUGUCAUAACAAACUCUUUGUUCGCUGCACACGUAAAAAUCUCACAGCUUGUCAAGGUGUGUUCGGACUGCUUGUUGCACAGUUGUUGUCAAGUCUGGAACAAGUUGUCAUCAACCUUGUUACAAGAUGAUAACAACUUGUUCCAGACUUGACAGACUCGUCCCCCAGGGCAUUUUGCCUGUACGGAUAGAGGUCGGCCAUUUUCGCCGACCUUCAGCCGUGGAGGCAAAAUGCCCUGGGGACGAAAUUGGGUUGAUGACGCGAACAGACUCGCAACAUAUUUCUGCACCUAAGAAGUUGUUAUCAAGUUGAUGACAACAAGUUCGCAGAAAACUCGGCAAUUUGUUACGAACAAGCCUGUAUCACUCUUGUUGCAUCAACAUUGCAACAAGGCGACAAAACCUCUUUCCAGACUUGUCACAACCACUGGGAACAAGCAGUGGGAACAACAACCUUGUUACAACUUGUUUGCAGAUCUGCAACAAUCUGCAUUUUACGUGUAUACUAGCUAAAGACGAAAUUGUUAUGAACGUGAACUGAAAUGGUCAAUUUGCAUUAAUUAUCAUGCAAGCUACAUUUUUCUAUUGCAAUAAUAAAUAUACAUGGUGUUUCCACGAAUUAGGGUUACCAUUAAGGCCGUUUCCCAUUUCUUUGUUUCCUGAGCACUAGAUUGGAAAAUGAUGACUUCGACACAAAGAAAACCCUACGAUAUGUUAUGAUACGAUUGAAAUUUUCAUAAACGUACUAGAGAGAAUAUUUUAGCAUAAUAUGCAGUGCUGUAUAAUAAAGCUGGUUACAGACGAGCAAGUUUUCUAUGACAACUUUAUUUGUUCGUCUCUAUAGGAAACUUUGGCAAAUUUUACUGUGGCAAGUACAUUUGUUCAAAAGCUAGUAUGCUAGCUUUUGAACAAGUGGACUUUUCAUGGAUAAAAUGACAAAGUACAAAUUUUGUUCGUAAAGGUAAAUAAUUUGAUUGCGGUUGGUCAGAAGUCUAUUGUUACACUAGCUAAUACUAGCCAUCGUGGUGGUCCGAUAACCAUAAACUUUUCAUGGAAACUUUGUUGUGUAACAAAGACACACGUGCAAUGGACAAAUAAAACUUGCCAUAUGAGAAUUUGUUAUAGAAAACUUGCUCAUCUGUAACCGUCUCUAACAUUACAAUAACCCAGUAAAUCACAAUAUACACUCAGAUUUUCGCCUGACUCGUGUCCAAUCAACGCUACAAUAAUAAGUUCUGUUUUGUAGAAAGAAAGAGACUAACAUUGCGGUGGCGUUUCAAAAUGACGAUUUUGCACAACCAAAUCCAAUUUAUGAAAAGUAAGUAAAGUAUUAUAUCAUUUUAGUAUAAUUGUGUAAAGUAUUGUAAUUUCCUCCCAUCUAUCAACUGAAGUUUCGCACAUAACAGUCAUGCUGCAAGUACACAAAUGAUCUUGACGUAAAUGUAUUAAUUUUCCAAACUCGAGUAAUGACAAUGACCAUCAAUAUAUAUUUUAAUAUUUUUGUUCUUGUUUUUGUUUCUAGAGAACCAGGCACUGACAACGAAAAUGGAAACUGUAAUGUAACAUUCUACGAAAGGUAUAGAACCUUUUGGAACUCGCAAAACUUUAAUGACCCCAUAUUUUGUUUCAUAGAAUACAUUUUCUCUAAUAGACUAUCACCGUCUGAGCCAUUCUCGUCCCCAGAGCCAUUUUCACUCGGAAAAUUAGGCUCUGGGUUAGACGACGGAGAGAUAUGAUUGGUUUCUCAAAGAACUGCUAUUUCGCAGAAGUUGAGCAGUUUUCGCUACGAAAAAUUUUUCUAUCAAAAUAUGUCAACACAAAUACUUCGUUUCUUCGUAAUACUGCUCUGUGAAAAUUGUUACGGGAGCUGAAGCUUCCCAAUUCAAGAGUAUGCGCUUUGGAAACUACUGUAAGUUUUCUUGCACUUCCGGUUCCGUGUAUCCCAGGGUCUAUUUAGGUCGCGCGCGGCCGUGAGGCCCUGGAAAUGAGGAUGCGUCUGAGCUCACUCCCUGCACUUUUAUUUAACACGCGGGUUAUACACCCGCAAAAUACAAGGCAUGCGGGUAAUUAAUGAAUGCGCGCGAGGAAUAAACUCUGGAUGAAUGCAUUUUAGGGGGUACAUCCCACGUGUAAAAGUGAUAAUAGUGAGCAUAACUAAUUUUGGUGGCAUGUUACAUCAUAGCGCUCGUGUUAGGAAGAAAAAAAACCCCGUUAAAAAUCGUGCAUUUUGGCAAAUGUGUUGAAGAUCACCACAAACUGAUACAAAAACGUUUUUAAUCCAGUCACUCCUCGGCAAUCUGACGUCCGUGUUGACAAAAACAUCGCUUGCUUAAGCUCGCUAAUAAAUAUAAACUAAAUCUGUGGCCUCUGUGGAGGAGAGCUGAGUCACAUUUACUCAAUUUUGAAAAUCCUGUCUUUUACGUCUAGUAUUGAUAGUGACUUAGUACCACGACGUCGAAUAAAGCAACACGUGGCAGAAAAUCCUGUCCCUGGAGGAACGGAAGAUGAAAAUUGCAAUCCUCUGUACGAGUCUGCAGAUCAAGUUGAUGAUUAUUCAUCUGCUGUCAAUUCAUUAUAUGUCAGUAGUGAUUUACAAUAAGAUAACACACAUAAUCUUAAUUCCUGAUUGGACGUGAACAGGUGCGAGAACAUGGUGCCUGGUUGCAAGUGUUAGGUAUGGUUUACACUAUCAAAGUUUCUGUGAUCACAGUAGGAAUUUUGCAUAGGUAAAUGCUAAGUUUCGAA